AUGCAGCGCCACAAAUUCGCCGCCGCCAAACGAACCCAGAAACAGCAUCCUCAGGAUUUCAAAUUCCAGCAUUUUGUAGAUGAGUUGGCCAAGCUCGAGCCCCGAAUCAGACGUUGCUACCACAAGUACUUGGAUUUUAACGGCGAGACCUUGGCCUGGAUGAUGGCCGUCGACGCCGCCUUCUCGCUGGAAUUCAUUCAAACUCCUGUCGGAAGAAAGUCGGCGCACGAGGCCAUUCUCUGGGAUUUGGUGAUGCUCGAGAAUCAAAUUCCCAUGUUUUUACUCACAAAGUUGUUGAAGUUUUUGCAGCUUUCGCCGGCGCCUGAAUCGGCCGACAAGAAGCUUUUUUCCAUGUUGAUGGGAUUAUGUAAAGAGAUUUCGCUGUUUAAGACGGUUGAAAAAUUCCCAAAUUCCAAACUUGGGCAAUGCCCGCACUUACUGGACUUUUUGUACCACGCUAUCGUGCCCAAAUUACACAAGCCGCCAUCUGAGAUCUGUAUUGAAGUUGAUGAUCAACAACGUGAAGCCAAAGAGAGCAGAAAAGAGGAAGAAGGCAGCCAAUCUUUCGGGAAUUCAAAUCAUGUUAAACAACUGCUUGAUGAACUCUGGAAAAUGAUCCAGGAAUCAAGUCCAGGCCAACUAUAUGGAAUCAAAAGACUACUUCGUUCCGAGCUGGUUGAGGUUACAUUGAAACUUCCAUGGACGGUAAUCUCAAAUCUUCCCGGAUUCAGUCUCUUGAAACCGCCAUUGGAGUACUUAUUCUUCUCCCAGAACACCAAACAAACCAACCAAGAAACCCAGACCUCAAUCUCCGAUGCCAACGUUGGCAAGCCGCCGUUGUUAGAGGAGAUCGCCAUCCCUUCUGUCACAGAGCUGUCCAGCGCCGGCGUCCGGUUCUCCCCCACGAACGGCUCCGUCAUGUCCAUGGCCUUCAACGCGCCGCUUCGGCCACGCUCUACCUCCCCGCCGUCCGGGUGGAGGCCAACACGAAGGCCACUCUCAGAAACCUAG